AUGUUGGUCUUAUCUUCCGUUGGAAGCCAAAUUGUCGCCUCAAAACAGCUCUGCCGUGCUCCCCGAUCUAUUUAUGCUGGUCUGACGUUGGCAGUGAUCAGAAGGAUUUGUGAGCAAAAUGUUAGGGUGCGCCUAGAACGGAGAGUGAAGCGACUUAUUGUGUCCAAGUUCGUAAUCAUCGGUACUAUCAAAAACCUUCUCAUAAUGAAUGCAUGCAAUGUCAUUGAAUGUAAUGCGCCUAAUGAAGCAACCCCGUUUCUUUUUCCCACUCAGAGCUCGAAUAAUCUCCAGGCGUCUCUGUAUGCGCGUGUCCGAGUCCCUUAUCAGAAACGAGUCAGUGGUAAUUUGCUCCACCAGUCGCCGCACUCUUCCGUCAGAGAGACAUACCCUCUGGCCGGUAACAAGUGUUUCCUUGAUUCGCAUCGCCUUGGCACCUCCAUAUCCAUUGACAACCUAAGUCCUUCUUCCCAGUCAUUAACCACAGUCCCCGCGGCCGUGUUGACGGGCGUUGGCGGCGUCUAUGAGAACCGCACCUCGCGAGGCCUGGCACGUGUCUCUGGCUGGCCGGAUCAACUUCGCAUCCGAAAGGGUCCGAAAGGAGGGAAGAGCUGCGAUAUGGCGAGUGAUGAUCUCGACCUGGCCCGACUGGCUAGGCCGGUGUACUCUGGGCCCAAACAGUGCCGCCGCCAGGGCGCCCGACAACCCUGCCUGCAAAAGUCGGUCGACGAGGGCCCGGCGUCUCCACGGACAGCCUUUACAGCCACGGCUGCCGGCGACCUCGGGACUCGGACGGGACGCAGUUGCCGCCUGCUGGCCGGCAGGCGAGCCUACAGUCCAGACCAGCCGGACUCGGGUCGGCGCGACCUCGUACCGGCUUUGGCCGGUACGCAGGCCCGUAGAGCGACUGUUGGUCCUGCCUGGCCGACUCGAUCGCCGGGGGAGACUAUCGCACCCGGACUCAGGCUCGGCCUCGAUCUAGAUUUCGAACUCCUGCAGCCCCACCAUCACACGCUCCACGGCGCCAACUCAAUC